UUUUAUAGCGCCAGAACACAGUUUGUUCUCCUCUUAAUUGGAUAAAGUUGUUCAAUUGGAUACAUGGAUUUAAAAAAAAACUCAUGGUGAUUAACUUGUGGCAAAUUAUCUUAUUUAAUUGUAAAAAAGAUUUAUUUUUUAUGAUGGUGUUAUUUCUCUCUCACAUUUACUUGAGUGUGAAUCAAAUUCUUUGGUAGUUUGUGACCUGGUGCUGUAAAUCGGUUAAAAUAUAUGACGGAUGACGGUCGUGUGUGAUAACGUUUUGUUUACAAACUGAAUGUGGGUGAGAUUAUAGCAGACACGGCAUUACAUAAGCACUGUGGAAUUGUUUCAUGAACUAUUAACGUCAUUUUUAUCCGUCGACGGUGAAAAAAAAGAAACAUUUUCCAAGAGGUAUAAGAGCAGCAAUCAGAAACAUAAAUAUCAGAUAGCGUAAUAUGUUUCUGCCAUGAGGAACUUGCGUUACAGGAGAAAAAAAUUCAACUGACAAAAUAAGUUUGACUGUAAUGGUUAAUAGUGUUAAUGAAAGGUUAGGAUUCAUGGACAUGGAUACGGAUACUGAUAUAAAUGUCUUUGAAUGCCCUACUGUGACGGACGCUUUACUGAACAUCCACGAGAAGGAUGAACAUUCAUUUAAGCGCGAAAUGGACAUUAAUGAUCACAAUGGUAUAACUAACACACAGGACGGUCACCACUCACAACCACCACCAUACGAAAACACAACUGUUAGUUCAGAACAAUUAGAGUUGGGUGUCCAUGAGAAUGGGGACAAUGGUGACAAUGGGACACGCGAAACUUGGGGUAACAAGAUCGACUUCCUGUUGUCGGUGACGGGGUUCGCGGUGGACCUGGGUAAUGUGUGGCGCUUCCCAUACAUCUGCUACAAGAACGGCGGAGGAGCGUUCCUGAUCCCUUAUUUCCUGAUGCUGGUCUUUCUUGGGCUGCCACUCUUCUACAUGGAGCUGGCUCUGGGGCAGUUCCACCGCAGCGGCGCCAUCAAAAUCUGGGACCGCCUCUGUCCGAUGUUUAAAGGCACUGGUGUGGCAAUCAUCAUGGUAGCGACGUACGUGGGCAUGUACUACAACACCAUCAUUGCAUGGGCUCUCUACUACCUCGUCAACUCAUUCAGGUCUGAGGUACCGUGGGCGAGUUGUGGGAACGAAUGGAACACACCGAACUGUAUCUCGAUUUCCCAGGGAUACAACGCUUCCAUGGUCACUAACUUCUCCAACCCCUCGGCUCUCGAGUACUUCCAGUUCAAGGCCCUGGAGUCCCAGCGGUCCACGGGUAUAGGCGACCUAGGCAAUGUCAAGUGGGACCUGUGCCUGUGCCUGUUGGGAGUGAUGACGGUGGUCUACCUCGCCCUCUGGAAGGGAAUCAAGUCUUCAGGAAAGGCUGUGUGGAUCACGGCAACCGCCCCCUACGUUAUCCUCCUAAUUCUUCUCGUGCGGGGAGCCACCCUUCCGGGCGCGCGCCAGGGCAUAAUCUAUUACGUCACACCGGUCUGGAGCCGCCUUCUGGAACUCGGGGUUUGGCUCGAUGCCGCCGCCCAGAUCUUCUUCAGUCUGGGGCCCGGCUUUGGUACUCUUCUAGCGCUGUCCAGCUAUAACAAGUUCAACAACAACUGUUACAUGGAUGCGUUGUUGACGGCCUCCAUUAACUGUCUCACGAGCCUGCUGGCAGGCUUUGUCGUCUUUUCCGUUCUCGGCUACAUGAGUCACGUGCUCGCUGUUCCCAUAGAGAACCUCGCCGUACAAGGCCCGGGGCUGGUGUUUUUUGUGUACCCUGAGGCGAUCUCCACCCUGGAGGGAUCCACGUUCUGGGCAAUAAUAUUUUUUCUGCUUCUCAUCACCCUUGGCAUCGACAGCACGUUCGGAGGUCUCGAAUCGGUGAUCACGGCCUUGUGCGACAUCAGUCCGCGCUUGGCAAGCAAGCGCAAGUUUGUUGUGUUGGGGGUCGUGGUAGUCUGCUUCCUGGGGGCACUGCCCACAACCACAUACGGCGGCCAGUAUUUGAUAACGCUGUUGGACACGCACGCGGCGCCGGUCGCCCUGAUCGGCAUCUGUCUGGUGGAGGCCGUCGCCGUCAGCUGGUUCUACGGUGUGCAGCACUUUUCCAACGACAUUGAGCGGAUGUUGGGCUUCCAGCCCGGGAUUUACUGGAAGAUCUGUUGGGCCAUCAUUUGUCCAACGUUCCUCGCGGUAUUGUUCGUGUUGUCGAUCGUGGCGUACGCGGGGCUGGAGAUCGAGGAUUACCGGUUCCCACAUUGGGCGGAGUCUGUGGGCUGGCUCGUCACCUCAAGCUCCCUCGUCUGUAUCCCAGUCGGCAUCAUCGCCAGCCUUGUGUUCACACGCGGAACAUUCAAACAGCGGAUUUUGGAGAUGACCCGCGGACAGUCGACAGACUACCCUCCCAACGACAGAGGCUUUACUCUUCGCAAUGCCUGGCGACUCGCGUCCAUCGCCGCUCGGUACGUAUACAGCAAGGUACAGUCGCUCCGCUCCGGUGUGUUCAGAACCAGCAGCCAAACCAAACCACCGGAACUGAAGAACGCAGAGCUGAAGAUGAACGGCGGGCCGAGCUAUCCUAUGACAGAAAUUGUCGCAGGCAUCAAUGGUCAUGGCCGAAAAGCUGAAUUAGGUAACCACGUGUCCCCUGAACAUAGAGCCUCAGACUCCAAUACCGGAAUUUAUUUACAUGAAAACGAACAUUUACCGUCUACACAGACAAAUAGUUAUGGUUUUAACAGUGGCAAUAAUUUACUUAACAAUAAAACAAACAAUGACACCGAGGGAAGGAUCAUUAUCAACGGGAGUGGUCAUCGACACAGCAUAGAAACGGAUUCUUCCAACGGAUAGAUAGGAUCACCAUUUCUGUGGCCCAUUAUUUAUUACACUUGUACAUAGAUGCCAAAAUGAUAACUUCUAUAAACAUUGAAAGGUAACGCCGAGCUAAGAUUGUUCAGUUGUUUAAACUAAUUUUGGACUCUGUUUAAUAUAGAAACGGAAGGUUUAAUAAACAGAACUUUAUUAUGAUUAAAAUAUUCAUGAACACCAUUAGUAUUAGUAUAUAAGAAACGUUUCAGUCUUUACUUGAACGUGUUUCUAUCGUAGCUCGUGCGUUUAGCUACCAACUGUGACAAUAUGUACUUAUGUGGUAUCAAUAUAACGUCGUUUUGACGCCAUAUAUUAAUAGAAACUCGAUAUUUUGUGCAUUGUGCGCUUGCUCUUUUAGCAUUGCACACCACUGGGAGAAGGUACUAAGGGUCCAGUACUGUAUAAAUGUCCAAUUAUCGUAUAUUCGUGUUUCUGUUUGUUUAUGGCUUCAAAACUAAGUGAUAUGGACACUGUAACAUUUGACUUGCAUAACACAUCCACAUACCUCAUUCAGUUAUUUUAUUAUGUUGAUAUCGUGUUCAUUUCAUAACCACGAAGGCUUGUUACUACAUUUAGGAAAAGGUUGAUAUAUAUGUACAUCGCCAUUUAAAAGUACUCGCCCAUGUUUUGGACCAAAAAUUAGUGUUCCAGGCAAUGCAUCUGAAAGCUCUUAUUUUACUUUAUGAAAUCGGAAUUGCAAAACAAAAACAUAGUAUAAAAAGGGUAUUUUGAUUUCGGUGGUGUACGAAACCAAGCCGAUAAAUCAAGAAAACUAGGCCACCAGGACUUAUGCAAAGAAAAUGGAUAUUUUGUCAUUUUAACAACACAUAGAUAACAUCACGUGAUAAUGUCAAUCAACCAAUCGUAGCCGUUAUUUACGCUAAUGAAAUUUCUUGUCUUCGAAUACGAUAUUUGAGCAAAUAUCAACAAUUGUUUAAGGGUUCCAGCUUUUGGUAGACAUUGUAUUAGUUUUUACACCCCUAAUGAUUUGCCACACUUUAUUUCCCCAUACAAAAAAGUGCAUUUCACAAAAACAUGAGCGAGUCCCUUUAACAAUUUCACUUCAUUUGAAAAUGAUUGUAGCAUUUAAAUGUUUAGGAUAAACAUGACGGGUAUUCAUUUGCGUUUUCCUAUUAUUUUAUUCCAGUAUGUGUUUGCCAAUGAAACCAUUACUGAAUUCACAGGUUAUUCGCAAUAGCAGUUUUCAACAGCAAGCAUUACAGUAAACUAAUUUGAAUAAAUGGCUUCCAUCAA